CUGGAUCCUCUCUCAAAAUCAAAAAAGAAUGCUAGAAUGGUAGUUGGAGACUUCUCCUGCGUCAGCAGCUAAUUGCAUGAGCUCUCACUGUAAUUCCUUCCGUUGGUAGCUCAUCUUCAGACAAAGGAUAAUGCAAAGGUUAGCCAGUAGGGCCUCAAGGAGGACGUUAUUGUGUGCAGUGGGUGUUAUUCAAGACAAUGUUUCACACUGUUUAGUUGCGAAACGAUCAUACAGUGCUGCAUCUCUGCCAAAGCAUAUUGAGAAAUUGAGAAAACCUGCAAUUCCUAGUGAUUUCUUGAAAUGGAGUGGGCUUGGGUCCUAUAGGACGUCGAAAUUUGCUUCUGGGUUCAGUCCUCUGCAACCUAAGCCUUUGGAAUCGAUUAUUGAUAUUAAGCGAUCUAACAGCAAAACUCCAGAAGAACUUGCUGACAUUUGGGAUGAUUAUCACCUGGGAAGAGGUCACAUUGGGGCAUCAAUGGACGCAAAGUUAUACCAUCUAUUGAAGCAGAGAGCUGAAAAUUGCCGAUAUUUCGUGAUUCCACUGUGGAAAGGAAGCGGUUACACAACGAUUUUUUUUCAAGUGCAAAUGCCACACAUGAUUUUCACUGGUCUUGAAGAUUACAAAGCAAGAGGAACUCAGGCUGCUCCCUACUUCACUGUCUCUUAUUACACUGAAUUUGCAGAAAGCAAGGAAUUGGUGCUUAUUAGGGGUGAUGUUGUGUUUACAAGCAAGCUCAGUGACUCAGAGGCCAAAUGGCUCAUGGAGACUGCACAAUCAUUUUACUUGAAUGAUGUCAGGUACAAGUUAGUUGAGCGUUUCAACAAAGAAACACGUGAUUUUGAGUUCAAGGAUGUUUUGCAAGCAUUGGAGAUGCCAAUUUUGUAAGAGAAGUGAAGAUGGAAAGUUGAGCAAAAGAGCAUGAGACCUGCAGCCGGAUGACAAGCAACAGAGUGUGAACACAAGUUUUGUAUAAUGUCAUUAUUAACUGCAGCUACAAAGAGUUUUUUUUUUUUUGUUAACUGAAAUCCUUCUUAGACUUGGAGAUUUUAUCUUGGAGUCCUACUUGUUCACUACAAAUACGGGAAUGAAAAUUACAGGACAACUUA